AUGGCGUGUUCGAGCGCAUCUACUGCUGACAGUGGCGAAGAGGAGAAGAAAGAACAGAGGCUUAGAGAUGUCAUGUUUCUCUGUGACGAGUGGAAAUCUUCGAAAGGUGGAUUAUCAACUUUCAAUCGAGAAUUUGCUAUUAAUUUGGCAGAAGCGACGGCUGGUAGUAUGAAAAUCCACUGCUAUGUCUCUAAUAGCGAUGAUCGGGACAGAGAAGAUGCUGAACAACAUGGUGUCAAUUCAAUCAAAGCUCGAAGUGUUCCUGGUUCAGCCGACCCCCUCGAGUGCUUGAAGUUUCCACCCUCAGAGCUCCCAAACCCACAUCUGGUAAUAGGCCAUGGAAGAAAGCUGGGUAGUCCUGCAUAUUUCCUUGUACAGUCAACAAAGUGUAAAUGGAUCCAGUUUGUUCACGUCUACUGUGAGGACCUUGGGAAAUAUAAAGAAUCUACCACGGCUGCAGAAGAUACAAUCGAAGAGAACGAGAAGAAGCAUAAGAUGGAAAUUGAUUUGUGUAAAGCAGCGGAUGCAGUUGUCGCCGUUGGCUCCCGUCUACAACAGAAGUACAGCAGACGUCUCCUUAAUGUUGAAGUAAGGGUUAUCACUCCUGGGAUCUUUGGAAAGUUUUCCAAUGAAUCAAAGUUGGCCGUAAACAGAUCAGUAGUAAAGAAUUUUAGUGCGUCUGUGUUUGGCCGAGCUGCCUUUGAGGAUCUUUCCCUGAAAGGCUAUGAUAUAAUUGCAAAUGCCAUUGGUUCUCUUGGUAAGAACUUUGAGUUGACAUUUGUUGGCGCACCUCCCGGUGAACAACAAAAAGUUGAGCAAUGGUUUCUUGAUAAUACGUGUAUCAACCGCAACCAAUUAACCAUCCGUCAGUAUUGCAGUGAACAAGAGGAACUCAAUGUGAUGUUCUAUCAGUCAGAUUUGGUUGCUCUGCCAUCCCGUACCGAAGGAUUUGGGCUUGUUGCCCUCGAAGCCAUUUCUGCUGGUGUUCCUGUUCUAGUCUCUGGUGAAUCUGGCAUAGCUGAGGCUUUGCAAAAAGUAGAAGGUGGAGACACUGUCAUUGUUGGAUCGGAUGAAGAUGAAGGUGAAUGGGCACAAAGGAUCAGAGAGAUGUAUGAAGAAAGUGCGGAAGAGAGAGAAGCCAAUGCUGUGAAGCUUCGCGAGAACUACAGGAAGGUGUACUCUUGGAAAGCAGAAUGUGAGAGGUUUAAAGGGCUGAUUGAGAAAGUCGUGGAAUAUGGUAUGUUCAAUGAUUUUAUCUUUGCUUAAAUUUUAGGUGUAGGUGAUGUUACUUUAACCUCCUGUAUUUGGAAAUAUAGAAACCUUGUGUAAAAGACUAAAUGGAGGUACAUGUAGAUAGCACAUCCAGAUUGCAUGAUUUAUUUCUGUUAAUGUUUUGAUAUGAGUAAAUCAGCUGUAACAGUUCCCUGAUAUGAAAUUUGUCAUGUUACAAAAGAUUGAGAACACAACACAUCACUCAUUCAACAUGGUGCACCAUAGGGUUAACAGAAGUGUAGAGGGGGGUCCAGGUUUUUACCAAGAUAGAACCAAUUGUUUCAUGACUAAGCUCAUGCUGACUAUGUAUGCAAUGACAAUCUGCAGCUAGAAGUGAUUCGUUUUCAAGACAUUUCCUAGUAUAUUUCCCUUUCUGUCUGGUUGUAUUUAUCUUUGGCUCCAAAUAUAAAUAAAAUAAAAUAAGCUAAAAUAAAAAUUGGCAAGAUUUUAGUUGAAGGAGCUAUAAAAGAAAAUGUUACUUGUAUUUGUGUGUGGGUUUUUAUAAAAAUGAUUUGAGGUGUGUUGUAUGGUUUUGAAUGUCAGCAUUUAGUGGUUGCCUCAUUAUUUGUUUUCUUUUAAAUCUGAUUUUAGGUGCCUUAUCUUCUGUAUUCCAUCUCUCCCUGUACUUUUUGUUCUUAGGUACUUCACCCCUCACUGUAAUACCAACCACUGGUCAUGGAAUAGAACUUAUUGGAAGAGCACAGGGAAGGAAAGGUGAACAGGAAGCUAAGUUUGAAUUAAUUUCUAAAGUGAAUAUGUUCAGUGUGUUCAGCUAUGAUGUCAAGUGUAAAGAAGUGUGCUUUUGGGAUUAAACAUUUAAGGUUGCUAGGGUCUGUAGGAUAAAACUAAACUGACAAUUAUUUGAAAUACUUUCAGUUCUUCAUUAAAAAGAUUCAUUUGAAAGAAAUUAAUACUCAAUUUAUUUUUCUCUCAAGGAAUAUUAAGAUCAGUGGUAGUAGAUGGUAAAACAGUUUAAAUAAUAAUAAAAUGAUAAUAAUAAUAAUAAUCAUAAUCAUAAUAAUAGUAUAAUAAUAGUAUAAAGAAGGUUUUUUUCCCAACCUUAAUCAUAAAUUAUGUAUUGAAAAACUGACAUUGGUGAUGUAUUUAGGAUAAAUUUCAUGCACUUAUAUACAUAUGGUCACAUGUUGGUUUGCUGUGUUAAUUAUUAUUUAUCAAAGAAAAAUAACAUCAUAAAUACAAAUAUUGCUGUAAAUAAUGUAAAAUAAUGAAAAUUAUUCCAGACAUGAUUGUGCCUGAUAUUCUACUCAUGUGAAAGUAAUUUGAGUUGGUUUGUGGAAUAAACCCUUUAAACCCUAAGAGUGACCAGCAUCUAAUUUCUCCCUACAAUAUCACUCCUGAAUCACACAUUAAGGUGAUGAGAAUAAAGGACAUGGUCAACAGAGAAGGAAACGUUUGAUUGGCAAACAAAUUCUCCUUUUCAGUACACUAGGAAAUGUAUAAGAAGCAGUGUGGAGAAUAUGCAGACUGAUGUUAGGAUGUAAAGGGUUAAGACAAUAUAUAUGAGAUAUAUAUGUGAAUAUCAAAUAGAUGCUUUGAGCACCUUUUUUAAAUCUAUCUUUAACUACAAGUUGGUAUGGCUGUUUCUAACUAUUUAUCAAUAGAGAUGCUAAUCUCUAUCUGCAUAACUUUAUUUUUAGGCAUGAUGCCUCUUCCUGGAUCUUCCACCUUUGAUCCUGAAGAAGAACUAGAAGAGCCACCUAUGAAACUCCAAGGAAUGGAAGGUGAAUAAAUGAUGCUGUUAAAUUAGAUUUCAUGGUAAAACUAAUCUAAGUAUACUUUUAAAUACAUUUAGUUCUCAUUAAAAAUAUAUUUUUUUUAAGGCAAUUAUACCCAAUUUAGUUUUCCCUCUCUCUGUGUUUUGCCAUAAGGGAAUAUUAAGAUGGUAGAGGCUGGGGUUGGUGAAAGAGUAUAUAAUGAUAAACUGGGUGUUUUCAAUGUUGAUCUUAAAUUAUGGCUCAAACAACUGGCAGUAACGUAGUGAAAUGGUAUGUCAGUUAAUUGCAUGUUGAUUUGACCUGUUUUCAUGUUGCUAUUAAAAGUAACACCAUGAAUAGCUCUUUGUACUUUUCCUCUCAGGUACUUCACCCUCCACCUUACUGUCCACUUCUGGUCACAAAAGAAAACAGGAAGUAAGGCAGAGCACUGUGAAACUUCAGGAAAAGAAAGGUGAGUGA